UUUAGAAGAUUAUAAGAAUGUUAUCUCAAAUUUCAAAACCUAUAUUAUAUAAAAAUACUGAAAUUUCAGUAGAUGAGAAAUAUAGACCUUGGCUUCCAAUUCCCAUAUCAUUGUUCAAUUUAACUGGAAAUAUUGUUGAUAAUUUUCCUUUACCUUAUUGCUGGCAUUGGGAUACUAAUGAUGUUAUUAAUUGGCUACAAAAAACAAUUUGUUUACCUCAAUACACGGAAUGUUUCACUAAAAAUUUUAUCAAUGGAAGACGGUUAUUGCUAAUCGAUGCCUCCAAAUGUAUAAAAAUUGGAAUCCAGAACUUUGUGCAUAUAAAACUCAUUACGAAUGGAAUUAGAAAAUUAUAUAAUAUUGAACAAGAAAAAUUUAAUAGAAGUAUUAGCCUUCCCCCGCAUUAUCCCUGGACACAUUAUUUGCUAUAUAAAAUUCCCACUGGGCCAAUCCGUGAAAAAACAAAAUCUACUGAACUUUUUCAAAAAAUGGGAAUACUUCAUUUCAAAACUGGUUGUCGUAUAGAUCAUUGGAGAAUGAUGUUAUGUAAAUGGCCAGAUUUUCCUAAUUAUUUGUUUGGUCUCACUAAUCGUAAAAAUGUAUAUAUUAAAAAAGAACAAGUAAGACAACCACGAGGCUUCUCCUAUUACAAAAAUGUGCAACAUUAUCCAAGCUAUUUUAUAAAACCAAGUAUAAAUAAAACGAAUAGACAUUUUUAGUAUUUAUCAUUGUGAUGUAAAAU